CGACCCAGGCCGUGGGUAAAGCUUUGGCAGGGCUCAGAUCUGCAGUUGGGCCCGGCCUGGAGUCCAACCUGCACAACCCCAUGCUCUCCCCAGCCAGCAGACUGAUUCUGGGGGGUGUCUCAUGGGGCUGAGUCAAUGUGGGCAACACCUGAGAUUUUCAGCCACUUGGAGGCCGCUGCUGAGUGCUGGUCGAGCUUUUCCCCCCCUGUCCUCUCGCCCUGCCCCUCCAGAGCGCCAGGAUGCUGGACACCAUGAGCAGCCAGUACGACUCCUUCAUCUACUGGAGGAUGCCGAUCCCGAGGCUGGACGUGGCGGAGCUGGAGGGGCUGGGGCUCGCAGACAUGGCCCUCUACAAGCCCAAGGCAGGGCUGGGCCAGCGGGAGCGGCUCAGCCAGGACCUGUCCCCGGAGGAGGAGGACACCCUGCUGCCGUUCAACACCUUCAACUUCUGGCGGGCUCCCAUCGCCAGCAUCAGCUCCUUAGAUUUCGAUCUAAUCUGAAGCCCUCCCUGCCCCUCCUCACCCCUCCCUGCUCUCCCCCUCUCCGCCAGGGUUUGGUUUUCUCGUCACUUGGGGGGUUGUCGGGUUGGUUUUUGUUCGUUUCUGGGCGGUUCUGCCAUCGCUAAUUAACUCAGCAGUUCACCGUGGGCUCGAGGCUGAUGGGCUCCCCGAAAAACCUCCAGCCCCACCCCACUCCUCCCCCUUUCCCUCCCUUCUUGGCGCUGGAAUCGCAACGGUGCAAGGAGGGGGGAACGACACCGGGGGGCAAAUACGAGGGGAGGGGGCAGAAAGAGCCCCCCCUGCUGCCCCUCUCCAUGUCUGGGAGGUCCUGGGGGGUGUUGGUGUGACCGUGGGUGUCCCCGCCCUGUGUGACACGUUUUCACCUCAUUCCUCCCGUGCUGUUUUAAGAACACUCAUUUGUGCAGUCGGGGCGGUGGGAAUUGAUCCUCUGCGUUCCCCUGACCCAGUUUCUCCCAAAUCUGCCUCAUUCCUUACCCUUCCCCUCAGGAAUUCGAGGUGGAAGAGGCAGGGAUGUGCCCAGGGUACCAGCUUGAGCCCAA